CGGCAGUGUCGCAUGGAGAAGGAGAACCAUGUGUGUCAACCUAGUAGUACCUGACCGCACAACUGGCUCGUAAUUGUGGUGGCCGACAUUGCACCGUGCAGAGCAUCCAUCCGUAUCCACAUGCAAGUAAAGAGCCGGGCUUCUUUUCUGAACACUGAAGCUGAGUCUAGAUCUCCCUCAAAAAUGUUUUGGGUGGAGCUGCGUGCACACGGAUGUACGUGUGGUGCGUGCUCAUCAGUCAUCAGUCAUCACUCAUCGUGCCGCGGCGGCCACACCUACUUCGAGUGGCCAGACAAAUUCGGGUCGACCCAUGAUCGAACGAAGGACAAGGACGAGACGCCACGCCACGUCCAAGGGAACCAUUUCUGAUUUCCCGGUGGUCAUUUUCGAUCGUUAGGUGCACGGGGCAGAAUAGAUAGAUGCACAUGCAGCCGGUCGAUCCAUGGACCACCCAAGCUCCAGCCACAAACACAUGGACACUAGCUAGCUACGGUUUUUUAUUUUCUAACGCACUACAGACGCAGACGCUCAUAUUGUACAUACUCAGUCGUCUGAGUAGUGUAUGUACACAUACCGACACACGUACGGCGUGUAUAUUUAGCCAUUUCGCUCUCUGCAUGUGGAGCAGGCUACGGUAGUGCGGGCUAUGAAAGCUCGUGGAUGUACGUUCUCCUACUUCCUCCGCCACAAAUAUACGGUGUUCGAACUUUUUCUAUCCACAAAAGCGUUUUACUGCGAAAGCAAUCGCUCACACAUGUUUACUCCACAUGGCCGGUCCAGUGAGUGCUCUGUCCCCGUUUUCACUUUUGUGUGUUUCUAUCAUUUUCUUUUUACAUUUUCCACUUAUAUUUCUUUUUUCCGCAAAAAAUCAAUAUUUCUUUUUUCAUUCCUCCUAUUCUGUUUUUGCGGGGGUUCAUUUGUCUAUUACACUUCAAUAUUUUUGUUACUUUUCUUCUUUUGGGGAGAUGCGAGGACACUUUUUUUGAAAUGUUAAGGUUUUUUCUUCUUUUAUAUAUGAAUGUCUCCGUUAAGAUUUAAAUUAUAUAUAUAUGGAUAAUUAUUUAAUAUAUGAAUGGUUUUCUCUAAUACAUGAACAUUUUCUUUAAUAUAUGAACAUCUUCCCUAGGCAUGGAGCUCCAGAACUGGUAGGGGUACGAAACGGUCUGCACCUAGGGAGAUGCGUCUGGACCGUCGACAUCCCAUGGCAUGGUUAGAUACACGGCCAAUCACCAUGAACCGCCAUCAGAGGAGCAUGCUGCCUAGCCCUGGCUGGCGUGAGGUGGCACGGCUCUCUCGGCUAUGGCAACUACACAGCGCGGUGCCCAACACCCGCACGAUAAAUGAGCCAGACCAGCGGCGGUGCGCAGGGGAAGCAUAUCUACUUGAAAAGGAGACUACUUGAACAAGUGAAAUGGAAGGAAGGCAUGAAAGUUUGAUCUACCAACAUAGAGUCUGCCACUCCCAGGAAGAAGAAAUUUGCUACUUUGGCUCAUCAGUUGCUUGGCAUGGGAAGCGCGCUAGAGACACUGUGCGGGCAGGCGGUGGGUGCGGGGCAGGUGGACAUGUUGGGCAUCUACAUACAGCGCUCCUGGAUCAUCUGCGGCGCCACCGCGCUGGCCCUCGUGCCAACCUACGUUUUCACGGCGCCCAUCCUACGGGCCCUCCACCAGCCUGCCGCCAUCUCCGCCGUCGCCGGCCGGUACACACGAUGGGUCGUCCCGCAGCUGUUCGCCUACGCCGCCAACUUCCCGCUGCAGAAGUUCUUACAGGCGCAAAGCAAGGUCUGGGCCAUGACCUUCAUUUCUGGCGUGGGGCUCGCCCUCCACGUCGCGCUCAACUACGUCUUCGUCACGCGCCUCGGUCAUGGCCUAUUCGGAGCCGCCAUGAUCGGGAACGUCACCUGGUGGAUCAUCAUCCUCGCGCAGUUCACCUACCUCGUCUCGGGCUGCUUCCCGGAGGCGUGGAAGGGGUUCUCGAUGCUCGCCUUCAACAACAUCGCCGCCUUCGUCAAGCUGUCCCUCGCCUCCGCCGCCAUGCUCUGGUUGGCAGAUACACGAACUUAAUUGAAAUCAACAUCUUGGAGGUCUGGUACUACACUGCAGUGCUCAUCCUUGUGGGUCUCCUGAAGAAUGCUCAACUCGAGGUUGACAUCAUGUCAGUCUGCAUCAACUACCAGCUCUGGGCCGUGAUGGUUGCACUAGGCCUAAAUGGAGCAGUGAGCGUUAGGGUGUCGAAUGAGCUGGGUGCGAACAAGCCAAAGGCGGCCAGGUUCUCGGUGAUCAUUGCGGUGUCAACGUCCGCCGCCAUCGGUGCAGUCUUCCUGGCCGUGUUCCUCGCCUGGAGGACUGAGCUGCCGCGGUUCUUCAGCGACAACGAGGAGGUGGUGAGCGAGGCUGCCAAGCUCGGCUACCUUCUUGCAGCAACCAUCUUCCUCAACAGCAUCCAGCCUGUGCUCACAGGUGUGGUGAUAGGAGCAGGGUGGCAGACGCUUGUUGCCUUCAUAAACAUUGGAUGCUACUACUUGGUUGGCAUCCCACUGGGAUUCCUCUUUGGCUUCAAGCUUAAACUUGGCGCACUGGGAAUUUGGGCGGGCAUGUCCAUUGGCACGCUGCUGCAGACUGUUGUACUUCUCAUAAUUUGCUUCAGAACCAAGUGGAAGAAACAGGCUAUGUUGGCCGAAGGGAGGAUAAGGGAGUGGGGAGGAAGCAGCGAAACAUUGCCGGCGGCGACAAACGGUGGCAUCGAUAGAUGAUUAGAUGGUUCCUGCAUGCAGAUUGGACAAUGCUAUUUAUAUGUACAUGGAAAACACAUACUAUAUAUGUAGACUGUAGAACUAAUUAACCUGGACGAAUUAAGAUUGAUCCAAUGUAUACCUCGACUUCGUCAUUGGGGAAAUCGGUCUUUUAGGAUUUGUUUGGAUCGAAGAAAAAUGAAAUCAACUACUAAUUCCUACUUUAAUGAGAAUUAGAAUUGGGAA